AUGGAUUUUAUGAAACCAGAAACCGUGUUGCAGCUUCCCAACAUUCGUCAAGCCUUAAUUAGAAUGGAAGACACCAUUGUCUUUGAUUUGAUUGAAAGAUCACAAUUUUAUUCUUCUCCAUCAGUAUAUGAACCAAACAAGUAUAAUAUUCCAAACUUUAAUGGUUCCUUCUUGGAUUGGUCCCUUUUACAAAUGGAAAAGACCCAUUCUCAAGUCCGUAGAUAUGAAGCUCCAGAUGAAGUUCCAUUUUUCCCCGAUGAACUUUUACCUCCAAUCUUACCCCCAGUGGAAUACCCAUCUGUAUUGGCAUCAUACACUAAAGAGAUCAAUGUGAACAAGGAAAUUUUGAACUUUUAUGUCAAUGAAAUUGUCCCACAGAUUUCUUGUAAGGCUGGCGAUCAACAGGAAAACUUGGGUUCUGUUUCUGUUUGUGAUAUUGAUACUUUACAAGCUUUAUCUAGAAGAAUUCAUUUUGGUAAAUUUGUGGCAGAAGCUAAAUAUCAAGCCGAUAAGGAAGGUUACAAGAAAUUGAUUCUUGCUAAGGAUAUCAAGGGCAUAGAAGAAUCUAUCACCAAUUCUGCUGUGGAAGAAAUGAUUUUAGAUAGAUUGGUUGAAAAGGGGAAAACUUAUGGUGUCGAUCCAUCCAUGAGAUAUUCUCAAAACCCUCAAUCUAAAGUUCAACCAGAAAUAAUUGCAAAGUUAUACAAGGACUAUGUUAUUCCAUUAACUAAGAAAGUUGAAGUGGAUUACUUAUUGAGAAGAUUAGAAGAUGAAGAGUAG